AGGACGACGGCGAGUGGCCCGCAGGGAGGCCCAUCCUCAGCCAGGGGGACGUGGCCGUGGGGCGCAUCACGCGCGGCGACGUUGCGUCGCUGCUGGUGCAGAUGCUGCGGGAGCCCGAGGCCACCGGCAAGACCUUCGAGGCAGUGUCCGUGGCGGGCUACCCCAAGCCGAGGGAGGGCUACGGACAGGCGCUCGCGCGGCUGAGGCCCGACGGCGCCCGCGGCCCCGGCCCGCUGGGGCGGCUGAGGGCCCUGCUGCGCGGGGUGGACGCCGCCGACGCCGCGACCUACGGGCUGAUGCAGCAGCUGCUGCCUGGCGAGGGGCAGGACAGCGCCGGCAUCGCCAUGGGCCAGACUUACGAGCAGCAGGACCGCGGCGAGGAGGGCCGCCUGGGCCAGCGCGGCGAGGAGCGCGUGCCGCAGGGCUUCGCGCGCUGAGCCGCGCGCGGCCCUCCGCCGCCGUUUUUUUCAUCGCCCCGCGCCGCGCUGCUCGGCUGCGCGGCGCCUGGAGGUUGCCCCGCCCCCCUCUGCACGAGCGCGGCUGCGCAGGCAGAGCGCUGGGGCAUCCAUCGGACGUCUUGAGAACGGGUGAUGGAAUGCUACCCAACGUGGACCCUGGGUGCGUAAACACAUCACGUUGGGGCCUGGGGCAUGCGUCCGGCACGGCUGUGGUACACGGGCGCCCCUCCGCACGCGCAUGCGGGCAGGCCCAGCGUCUGCCACGGUCGCGGCCGCGCGCUCGGGGUUCGGCCGUUGGCCCGGAUUUUCGCGGCCGCGGGGGCUGCGGGUGCCCACCGUCCGAGGCGGAGAUCUACCUCUCAUCGUGUGAUGUUUCUUUCGGGAACGAUCAUACGAUAACCGCCGCCUUGGGGAUCGAUCACCGGAGUCCUCGGCAGGCGGUGGGUGUGGAUACGCUCGGGAUCCACAUCCGCCGCCUGCCAAGGUCCCUGAAAAUCGAUCCUCCAGGGCGGUGGCCUGGACAAGCUCCCGCUCCCGCCUCGCAAAACAGGCGUGCGCCCGCGCGGACAAACGGACGCGCGCGCGAGCUGGGGGGGCCGCCGACGAC